AUGGUCAGGACAAAGAACAAAAAAAAAACGGUCAAUCCCAACAACGGCGCUGUGAUGUCUAGACAGUCACCGCUACCUCGUGGCACACCGCCAUCCGGACCACGUCGUGUGUCCGGACGUGGUGCGGCAGCCGGCGAUUCAUAUCGUCCUCGUGCAGGUGGAGAUCUAGUCUCCAGAAGUGGCCAGAGACAGCAAGAAUAUCCAUAUCAAGGAAGUUCCGACAACACUUACCGACCUAAUUAUGAUCGAAGGUCUCUAUCUCCACGGGCUAACCCUUAUCACUCACCGCAUGAAGAUUUUCGUCGAGAUCCACCUUAUAGAUUUGGGUCCGGAAAUAAUUUCGGUAGCCGUGAAGAUAAUUUCAGCUUCCGCUACGACGCACCACCCGGAACUCAAUUUCGAAAUCCUGACCGUCAACCCAACGCUGAGACCCGAAAUAAUCCACAGGGUCCAGCGAGACAGAGUAACAAUAGCAAGAGUUCAAGCCGUGGUGGGUACGCAUAUGCUGGCCGUGCUUCACGCGUAGCUUCAGAUAGAGAGUUUCUCCGCGCCAAUAGGGCACCUACGCCAGAGCUGCUGUCGGGAAUGGACGCUGACUCUGGUAAUGCCGUUAAGUACUUGCCUCUCGAAGAUCUUUCAGAUAGCGAUGAGGCUGAAAUGGAAGUUUCCGGUAAUGAAAUUGCGGGUCCUGAACGUAAAAAACUCCGUACAUCUGAUAAAGUUGAUGACAAUAUUCCUCUCUGGUCACAACGUGACAGUUUUGUCGAGACUAAUGAUGAAGAAUCGCACGGAACUUGUAAGAUUGAAAUUACCUCGCAGGAAAAUAAUCGUGACGAGAUGAAUAUAAAAUCUCACCUCCAAGAUAAAAAGGACGGUGACAGUGUUCCUCGUUGGUCUAAUCCUGACCCGUACACAGCUCUCCCUCCACCGGAUGAAUCUCAAAGAAAGAAAAAAGAUGUUGUGAAGCUGAUUCGCAAAGCUCGCAUCAAUUCUGAUAACUCUAAUAAGCCAGAGGCUCCUACUGACGAUUUUAUUUCGUUUGACUGUGGAGACGAAGAAAAUAUUCUACCACCAAUUACCUUACCUGAAAUUCCUCUUGGGCCCCGAAACAGCAAACCCAAGGAUGAAAGGCAUGAAAUUAAUCAAAAAUCUAAUCGAAACCCAUUAGCGAGUUCCAAUUCCAUUCUCACUUCUGACAUAACAUCACGACAGAUAGAAUCUAAAAAUAACCUGUCUCUCCCAGAAAAGCCAAAGUUGGCUGAAAUCGUAGAAAGAAAAAACCCACGUAUCGAUCUGACACCUAACACAGAUCUUGGCUCCAGAAAGCGUAACGCUAAUGAUGAGAUCAAACAGCCACCUAUAAUCCAUCAGAAAGGAAUUCAACCAGCCCCUGAUGGUCGGAUACUAAGUUCUUGGCUCUCUAAAGAUAGUGUAACUAACUGUCCAUGGAUCCUAGAUCACUCGUUGACGUCUAACAUGGGACUGUGGCUACACAAGGAGAUAGUAGACUUUUAUCACUAUGUCAAACCAAAAUUCUUUGAAAAAACUGUCCGAGGGAAUCUGGUUGACGAUCUACGACGUAGAGUGAAGAACUUUGAUAGAACUGCCGACAUUAUUCCGUUUGGAUCGUUUCCCGCCGGCUUAUAUCUUCCAACUGCAGACUUAGACCUUGUUAUGGUAUCUGAUCGUUUCAUGCAAGGUGGUCCUCCAAAAUUUGGUAGUAGUCCCAUGCAGGUUCGAAAAUUUGCCUAUUUUCUCGAGCAAGAGCGUGUCGUCCUUAAGGGAUCACAAGAGUGUGUCGUUAAAGCAAAGGUACCUCUCGUAAAGUAUGUUGAUAAUAUUACUGGUCUAAAAGUGGACAUAUCGUUCGAGAAUACUACAGGCUUAGUUGCCAAUAAAACAUUUCAAUGUUGGCGAGAGACAUUCCCUGCCAUGCCCAUCCUUGUUACUGUCAUUAAACAGUUUCUUGCCAUGAGAGGCCUUAAUGAGCCAGUAAAUGGCGGCAUUGGCGGGUUCUCAGUUGCAUGUCUCGUUGUAAGUCUUUUACAACAAAUGCCUCAGGUCCAAAGCCGAUCAAUGAUCCCAGAGCAUCAUCUUGGGGAAAUACUUAUGGAGUUCUUUGACUUAUAUGGUAACCGUUUCAAUACUAUGACUACUGCCAUAUCUGUAAAUCCAGCAGGGUAUUUUAACAAAUCUGAGCUUAAUAUUACGUAUAACAAACCAAUGGACAAAUUCUCCAUCAUUGAUCCUAACAACCCUGCCAACGACAUAGCUGGUGGCUCGAGAAAUUCAGUCACAAUCAAACGUGCAUUUCAACACGCUUACAGCGAUUUACAACGGAGAAUGGGUGAGUUGCAGUAUCUUGAUCCGAGCAAACGUCGCCUCAAAAGCGUGCUCAGCUGUAUUAUUGGCGGUAAUUACAAUUCUUUCAAAUUACAACGAGAACAUCUCGCCCAUGUACAUGAGAAAAAAAUCGGGACUACCAAGAAUUCCGGAUAG